ACUGAAGAUUACAACAGGAACGUCAGAACGCGUAAAGACUAUUUGCCAAGAAAGGACAAGCAGUGGCUAUUCGUCCAUAACGAACACAGCAGACACAAAUAAAGACGAAACCAAAUCUCCGAACAUAAUUGCGAAAGAUAAGCCUAUAAAAGAAACAAAAACAAAUGAGACCAAAGAAUCUUUCGUAAGUGGGCAGGAUGUAUUACUUUCCGAAGGAGCAUAUGCUAAGAAACGUGGUCUGAAGAUGGAAGAUGAAAAGAAAGUUAGACGGCAUUUUUGCUACCUCAAGGACAACCUAGAGAUAGCAUGUGGUCUUCUUGAUUACUUCAUUCAGGAGGGUAUUUUCACAGAAGACCAGGUCGAACUUAUCAACUCUGAACAAACUAGACGGCGAAAGGUUGAUUGUAUGCUGCGAAUACUUCUUAAAUCGGAAAGUGAAGCAUUCUCUUGGUUUCUUAAUUUCCUAACUAAAACGGACAACGAUCAUAUCAGAAGAGAAUUAGAAUCGGAAGUUGAUAAAAAUACAUUAGAAAUUUCGGAUUCUGAAAACUCUUCUACAACUGAGAUGUGGAAAGUUUUAAAUAUUCUGAAGAAUAAUAAAAGGGAAAUUACCAAGGAAUUGGAACCCGAAAUAGUUCUGAAUUACCUAUUUCAAUACAACCAGUUUUCACUUGAUGAGUAUGAAGAAGUGGUCUCAAAAAAGACAAGGGGACAAACUGCAAAAAAGUUGAUGAAAAUAUUGGCAACGAUUCGGCACAUGCCACGUGGAUAUGCAAUUUUCCUUAAAGCUCUUAAAGAUGAUGGACAGAAAUAUCUGUACAAACUCCUCUCUGAAUACGUAGAGAACCAAACAAAUGUGCAGCCAAGUACAAGUGAAGCUGUCAACCUUACAAAUGUUAAUUUGAUAUGUUUAUUUGCAGAAACCCAAGACUCUGUACUACGUGAAGAUGCUGACUCGAGUGAAAUCAGAAUACUAUUUGAUCCAAAGAAAAAGAGGAAGAUAUAUAAAGAAAUUAUCAAGACUUUUAAUUUACACGACAGAAGGCAAUGUAUUAACGAUAUACUUGUUCCCGAGACGGCUUGCCUACUGGACGAAGCAACAGAAGGAUCUCUUAUCUUAAAGAUUAGAGGUUGUCAUCGUGGUGCAAUUUCUGCAGUAUUUGGGGAUAGUUUAGAUAGUUUAAGGGCUGGCAUAUCAAGAGUUUUAGGCAUAGUGUUUUCGCAAAUUGGGUUGGAUAAAAAUGUGGAAAAUAUGAAAGUCCAGGUAGUGGCAGUUAACUUCGAUAAAACAUUGAAGAACGAAAAUGAUCAAAAAGACGAAAAUUAUAGGAGAAGUAUAGCUGACAAUCUUGAGUAUUUAAAAGAGGAAAUUGACGCCAAAAGUUUGCUGCAUCUUACAAUCUUCUCUGAACAUGAAAAGGAAGCUAUUCUCGAACUAAGAUCAAUGUCUCGGUCAAAAGGUACACAAUUAAUGCUUGAGAUCGCUCUGAAAAAGUCUGAAGAAAAUAUUAGACUGUUUCUUGAAGAGUUAAAAGAAAGGAAGAACUAUGUAUGGGAGAAUAUUUUCAAAGCUGAUAGUGAGACUGACUCCCGCAAGAUGCUGAUUUCUAACUAUUCGAUACUUGUUGAAAAUCUAUGCCCUUCAUUGAUAGCCAGAUAUUGCAAACAAAAUGACUUGAUAGACUUCGAGAAGUUUCAACAUUUUGUUUCAAAUGGAAAACCAAGAACAUGGAUAGCAAAGUUCAUACUUCAUGAAAUUUUAAGACAAAGUGACACAAAAGUCAACACGUUUUUGAACUUGCUGGCUACAUUUCAACCAAGCUUACACUCGACUAUUGUAUCAGGAACAGCUGAUGAUGACUUAUCAGAAGAUCAAGGCGUAUACAGUGAUUCAGAUGAUUUAAACGAUGAUAACUGCUCCAACCUUUCGGGUGAUUUUCGAAUAACCUUUGACGGUGAAAACGUUGGAGGCAUGCAAGAAUGUGUCCUUAAGACAGCCCAAACAUCGGUGAAAGAAAUUCUACAAGCAGACGACAAAGAGAAAGACUGUGAAAGCGGGUACAAAUCAAUGUCGCUGAAGAAAAGGAAAGAAAUGCUUGAUCGCUUAUCGGCUGAUGAACUGUACAGAAACCAACAAGAACAACAAGACGAUAAACAUAAUGCUAAUAAUGGUUCUUCAUCAAAAUAUAAACAGACAACAAAACUUGGUCUGACAUCUACAUCUUCAGGUCAAGCAGUCAUGCCAGAAUCGGGAAAUUGAUUGAUAACUCGAAGAGACAGUGCGAUCAAAUGUUUUAGACAUUUUUAUGAUUUUGUUUUUUUGUGUUAGGUAUGUACGAUAUUUUAAACGUUGUUUCAUGUUUCGAACAAACCUUACUCCAUUUAUAAUAUAAUGAUAUGUUUACAUGACACUGACGUUACCUUUAACUUCAGCCAUUUGUUGAAAAAAAAUUGUCAAGUGAUCAUCCGUAGUGAUGCAUUACAAAUACAAUGUAUAUUUUUAUAUGUUUGUUUUUCCUUAAAAAUAAAUAAAGCGAUAAUCUCUGUUUAAAGAUGGUUAAAUAUGGAAAUAUAACAUUGUAAUAAGUAACAAAGGACAUCAUUUUAAUUGUGAAAAAUACAUAAAAACACACAAUAUCGCCAAUCAACAACAACUAUUCCAUUAAGUCAAUAAAGAUUUGGUCCGACAACAAACAUAAUUUGAUUGAUUUGACAACCACUCAUUUUAAAUAAGAAAGACCAUUCAUACAAUAUUCAUUUAGAAAUAAUUAAAAAAAAACAUUCUAACACUCUCGUAAUUUUGUCACUAUAGACAAAGAAGGAAAAAAAACUGGUGUUAAAUUGCCAAUAAACACCGGUUAGGGACUACUUGUAUAUGCGCUGUUUUAUUUUCAUCCUCGAUUGUAUAGUUUACAAAGCAUUUUAAAGCAACAAUAAAAAACAUUUUUAUUUAUAUGUUCAGUUCGUAUAAUGUUUUCUUUUCAUACAAUACCUUACUAAUAUCUCACAUACACUAACGCCACAUAUUAGAUCCAUAUCAGUUAAUAACUAUUUUGACAAAACGGCGCCAAUCCGUAAGCAGCGUAAUGACGUCAUCCUUAGUAAACAACUCAUUCAUAUAU